AUGUGUGUGAAACUUAAGAAAUGCAUGCUGAAAAGUGCAAUCUGAAAAGAGAUGCUGAUGGGGGAAAAAAUUUGAUUGAAACUUGGAAUAAAGGCUAUUAUGCAUCAUCACGUAACCAUGACACGAGGCAGGAACAAUGGCAUCUGAUUUACAUGAGAAAGAAUUCAGUCUCGCAGUGGGAAAAGACUCUAUUGUUGUGCCUGCUGUUAUGGCUGCCAUAACGUGAUGGUACAAAAACUCUAUAAGAGCAAUAGAAAAUACUGUAUUUUAUCUGUGAAUGUGAUCGAUGAGGCUUCCUCUGGGUUCCCUGUGUUUUCCGUUUCCGCCGCUUGCGUGAGGAGUAUUAUUUAGAGCCGCUUGCGUGACGGCGCCUUGAGUGACAACCUUUAGAGCGGCUCUUGACGACACUAACAAUCAUGCUACAAAGAUCUUUAGUUUCACAUCUAUCAGAUAUUUGUUUCAUUUAUUGUCCAUCUCUGAAAAAAACUUCAUAAAAAUUGUUUUACAUGUAGUGAUAAAUGUUCGUGACUGUCACGCUAGCUGCACUCGCAGCACGCUGCUCUUUCUAAAAGCGUACAGGCCUGAGGCAGCUCCACUAAGCAAAUUACAUAACAUAUUAGAACCUUGUUCUUAGUGUUUUUGAGAGUAAAAAUUGCGAUCUAUAGCUCGAUGGAUUCCUACGCUACAAAUAAUGGUGGUGUUGGCAAAGACAGCAGUCUAUAUGACUUCGAGCCCGCCAAAAAACUCCGUGAGCUCGCUAAGAUUAAUGGCUUGGAAAUGGCUUCCAAAGAUUUUGCUUCUCUCAUGGACGAACAAGAUGAACUCCAUGAGCUAAGGAAGGAGUUUUGUUAUCCAUUGAAUAAGGAAUCACCGCAUGUUGACCUAUCCCUCGUAGAUGGGAAUGCAGAGUGUGUGUAUUUCUGCGGCAAUUCUCUUGGACUAAUGCCAAAAGAAUGCAGGAAGCUAGUCAAAGAACACUUGGAUAAAUGGGCUGCAAUGGGGGUUUAUGGUCAUCAUCUUGGAGACAGACCAUGGAAGUCAAUAGAAGAAUAUGCAACAGAAGAAACUGCUGAACUUGUUGGUGCGAAGCCAAUCGAAGUGGUUGUAAUGAACGCAUUAACCGUCAAUGUCAAUCUUAUGAUGGUGCCUUUCUACAGACCAACAAGCACUCGUCACAAAAUACUGAUGGAGGGCAAGGCUUUUCCUUCUGAUCAGUAUGCUAUCAAGUCCCAAGUAAAUUUUCAUGGUUACAAGCCACAAGAAAGCAUCAUCGAAGUGUUUCCAAGAAAGGGAGAAGAAACUCUAAAAACAGAAGACAUCCUCAAAGUCAUUGAAGAACAAGGAGACUCCAUUGCAUUAGUUAUGUUCUCAGGAGUUCAGUAUUACACGGGACAGUUCUUUGAUAUGAAAACAAUCACAUCAGCAGCACAGAAGAAGGGUUGUGUUGUAGGCUGGGACUUAGCACAUGCUGUUGGGAAUGUUGAGCUCCAUCUUCACGACUGGAAUGUAGACUUUGCAUGCUGGUGUAAUUACAAGUACCUCAACUCAGGCCCUGGUGCUAUUUCUGGUGUUUUUGUACAUGAAAGACAUGCUUACAACUUUGAUCUUCCAAGGUUUUCUGGUUGGUGGGGAACUAAUAAGGAAACAAGAUUCCAAAUGAAUCCAGAAAUCGAACCUAUUCCAGGCGCUGAGGGCUUCCAGAUUUCAAACCCUGCAGCCAUGCAGACAGAACUACUUAUUGGAAGUUUAAAUGUAUUUAAGAAAACGUCGAUAAAGCGUCUGAGGGCGAAAGGAGAUCUCUUAACAGCAUACUUGGAAAUACUUUUGCUUCACCGUUACCCUGCCCCUGAACUGAACGAGGACACCGAUGACACCCCUGAUAAAAAACAACAGUUAAGCCGACCUUAUGUCAAGAUUAUCACCCCCGCUGACCCUAAAGACCGCGGCUGCCAGUUGUCGGUCAAAUUUUCUUGUCCAGUUCAAAAAGUACACAAAGAAUUGGAAAAAAGAGGAGUCGUGGUUGAUACGAGGAACCCUGACGUGAUGCGGAUAGCUCCAGUACACAUGUACAACUCGUUUACUGACGUACAGCGAUUCAUCGAUCUGCUCGAACAAGCAUUUAAUGCUGUUAAAUCAUUGGAUUCGUAGCGAUGAAAACCGAGAGCAACCUUCUUAUGAAUAGAAAACGUACAGUAAACAUAUUGUCCGGAUGGAAAACGCUGUUUAAAAAUUUAUUAUUCUUGCCAUCUAACAUGGCUGCCGUCACGUGAUGGUGCAGCAUCUCUAUUAUUCUGAUCAUUACAAAGUCUAUCCCAAGGAAGGGUUGAUAUUAUAUUUUUAACUGUGGACCGGUUCUUCUAAAAAAUGUUCAUUUACUUCUAAAUAAAACUGUACUAAUUUAAAACUAAUAAAGUAAUUUCGAUUUUUAAUGUA